GAGGUGCUCAAGAAAAAGUGCUUGAGGUGGGAAGAGAGGCUGAAGAGGGUACAGCGACGAGCGCAAGAUGAGACCACAUGCGUACAACGGACGAAAAACUGGGCCGGGUGAAGCAGGGGAUUCAAGAAGGGGUACAGCACCAUAUGCAGAUCCACAUGGUCAUGCUUCGUCUGCAGCGAGGCGACUUCAGCGUGUAUUGCGUUCAUCACGCCCGUAUACCCUAGAGGCAGAACAGACUGAACGGGCUGACCCGGAUGAAUCGAACGUUGAGGAGGCCCAACAAGAGCAAGCUGAACAAGGGCUAGUGGAAAAAGCGCAAGAAGUACAAACGGGUCAAGAUGGACAGCAAGUUGGCCCGGCAAUGCAACAACCGGUUGAACAGAGGCAAGGGGUUAGCCCGGAAGAAGAGCAAGAAGCAGCUGCAACGGCAGAGGAAUGGCAGGCUGAACAGCUAGAGCCAGUCCCACAGGUUGAGCAGGCGGAACGGCCUGAGGCACAGCCUGCUGCACCACAGGUUAAGGAUGAAGCAAGAGAAUCAGGUGAAGCAAGCCGAUCGAGACGAGGGCGAGGAAGAAGGCGAGGGCGCGGUCGGAGAGCAGCACCUGGAUCCGGAGCUGGACGUGGACAAGCUAGAGAGCAGCUCCCGGAAGUAAUUCUGACACGAGGGAGAGGAGUAGAGCGAGGCCCAGCUGCUGAACAACGACCUGAAGCUAAUCGAGCCCGAGAAACGGGGCGACGUCGCCCACGAGGACGAGGACAAGGACAGGGGCGGGGGCGACAUGCAAGACCAGAGCUAGAGCAAAGACUGGAACAACAGCCACUGGGAGAGUUGAAUUCCGGGCCGUUGCUGGUACAACCUGUUGUCAACCCAGAACCCCAAUUCGAAGCCCGGGUUGAGAUAGAAGCACGGGUAGUUACACCCGGACAGCCUCAGGCACAAGUCGGUGAACAACUGGUACGUGAGCAGGUGAUUCAACAGGAGCUCACGGACAUCCUGGCACAACAAGAGAGUCAACCAGAAUUACCACCGGUACCGGCGCCUGUGCCAGCACCGGCGGAGACGAUACCGCCCCAGCUAAUGCAUCUACAUCACCUACCGGCUCCCACGGUACGGCCCCAUAUAGCACAUUCCCAGAGGGUACAAGCACUACUUCAGGAGCAGCAACAAGAUCUACUUCGCCAGCAGCAUGCGCGGGAAGCAAUGGAGGAAGAGCUGGCUCAACGGCAAGAGAUUGCAAGUCAUCAAGAACGUCUUGACCGGGUGCAGGUGACUUUGCGUACGAGGGAGCUGCAGAUGAUAGGAGGGACUCGAGAGGGCCAGCCGGAACCGGAGAGUCGAAGGGUGGAGCUGGCAGUGCAUCAGAGCCAGGUCCGGGAAGUAGAGGCGUUGCAGGAACAGAUGGAAUCAAUGCAAACACAGCAGCAGCAGUUGCUUGAGAUGAGAAUACAAGAGGCAAUGAAUGAACCGCUUGAGGAUCUGCAGCAACGACAACACCAUGAAGAAGAAGAGGAGCAGCCUAAUAUUCAGGAGACAUCGGUUGAAGGACAACAACAGCUGCAGCCACAGCUUCCGGCGUCAAAUGGAAUAGAGUCUAUACCGCAGCCGGUGUAUGAUGGUAUGCAGCCUAAUGGGAUGGCUUUUUCGAGGACUGAGUUUGCGAGAAGGCCGGUAUCACCGCUUGUUAUACCACCGGAUAUACGGCGAGAGUUAAUUCGAUCUAGCCCUGAAAACGAAGAUGAUGAAUAUGAUGGCGGUGUUGCACUUGGGCAGGGGAAUAUGAACCGGAAUGGCAACGGCAAUGGCAACGGCAAUGGAAAUGGCAAUGGGAAUGGUUAUGGAAAUGGUAAUGGCAACGGCAAUGGCUACAGCAAUGGCUAUGUGAAUGGAAAUGGAAACGGGGAUGUGAAUGGGAGCGAAGAGAUGACUGAAGCUGAGAUUAGGUUUGCGAUUGAGGAAGCGGUACAGCAGCGGACGUGGGCGCGGCUCGAAGAAAUCCAGCAGGACCGCACGAGAAGAGAAUUCCAGGGCAGCAAUGGUAUGGAUGCUUCAGCCGCAUCCAGACUACUGAGUCGGUGGUUGGGCCGACGUGUCUACCCGACGACUCAGUUUCCAGCCAUACCAGAGUACCAUCCGCACCAUCGAAGCGAGGGCUUCUAUCCCGUGAGCCGAGGGAUAUCGGAGGCUCUUUCGAACGCGCGAGCUGCACGUAUGGAGGAAGGUGAGCACGUCGUCAACGAGGAGUUCGAGUACUUCAACCUGGGCUCCGGGAGGAGUGAGAUACUGAUGCAUGACGGGCCGGCCGAGGACCGGGAUGAGCUGACGGAAGACAAUCUGCAGGUUGGGAUGGUGCUUAUGGGCCAGACCACGCAGGCGGAGCUGAGGGUCCGGAUGGAGCGGUGGGAGGCGACGGUGAAGUGGAUGUGGGAGAUGGCGGAGGUGUGGGAGCGAGAUGGCGGGUUUGAGGAAGUAGUUGAGCUUGAUGCUGAUGUUUUGGCAGCGAUGAGAUUGGAUGGGGAGGCGAGUGAUGACGACGAGCUAGUUGGGUUCACGGAUGAUUUGGAUGUGAGUGUUACUACGACGGACUAUGAUGCUGUAUAUUGUUAA